AUGAGUUUCGACAUACCCAGCAUAGAUGAACUAAAACGGGCGGCCGAGUGUGGCCAGCGCAUCACAUCUGACGAUGUCUCAGUGAUCUCGCAGGCAGAGAGUGAACUGACAGGUUCAGGACCCAUAGCUGGUGGACCAGCAGCGACGGCCCAGAGUCUCGCUAUGAAACAGAUGAAUUUCGAUACCAAAGUGGACGAAAUCUCGCGAAAGCCGCAGAGUCAUAUUACGCAGGAGGAUGCGCGGCAGAUCCAGGCGACAGAGGGCCGCGCGUUUAACAAGCCACCGGGUCCUGGAUCCAUUGCCGCACAAGUCCGCUCGAUCGCUAACCGCAACGAGGCGCUGGGACUGCCGCCAGUGGAGACCAAUGCUCCGACCUUCGUGACAAAGGAUGAUGCGCGGGAGGCGCAACGGGCUGAAGCCGAGGUGUACGGAGGCCAGAAUCCUCGCGGUGGAAUGGCAGCGCAGAUGCAAAGCGUUGCCGCCAAAGCGGAAAAUGCACGACGGUCUUUCGGCUGGUAA